AUGACUACAUUUCAAUUACACAAUGAGGCCCAGACCGGAUUCAAGUCAGCAGAAGCGUACGAUACAGGCCGACCGUCAUAUGCACCCGAGGUGGUGGAUAGCCUGCUAAAGCAUCUCGAGGUGGAAGGUGUCAAGAACGCAAAGAUCCUUGAUCUAGCUGCGGGUACUGGCAAAUUUACAGAAGCUCUAGCAGCACGAUCAGAAGAGUAUGAAAUCGUUGCCGUCGAGCCACACGACGACAUGCGGGCACAAUUGUCCAAGAAAAGUUUGAAGAACGUGACUGUGCUCAAGGGCAACGCAGAGAACAUGGAAGGAGUGAGUGAUGCGACUUUUGACGCCGUCAUUGCGGCUCAAUCCUUUCACUGGUUCGCGACAAUGGAGGCGCUGCGAGAAAUCGCCCGUGUCCUCAAGCCGGCCAAGACACUCGGUCUGAUAUGGAAUAUUGAUGAUUACAACGCUCCUCAAUCGUGGGACAUUGCUGCUGGCUGGGAUUCGGAGAUGCGAGAUCAAGUCUGGGAGCUGGAUUUCGAUCAACCACGAUUUCGCCACGGCCAGUGGAAGAAGGUCUUUGACGAGCAGAGUACGAGCAACCUGUUCACACUGAAGUUCGCAGAUCCAUUGUUUGGACUGCCCAUUGGCGAGGAGACAGUGCCGUACAAAGUCUGGCUGACUCGUGAAGCUGCUUGGGAACGCAUGCGGACGUUAGGUCAGAUCGCAGUGCUGGAAGGCGAUGAACUGGCCAGGGUCAAAGCUCGAUGCGAGAAGGCAUUCGACUUGAGCGGUACAGAGACCGACGGUGACAAGAUCGCUCUGCACGGGCGCACAGUGAUCGCGUGGACGUCGCACAUCCCAGAAGUGCCUCUGCGAAGUGAAGAAGCAAUGUGA